CAGCAAAUAGCAAGCACACUGUACGCAGUCAACACUUGGGUAUAUCGGACACACGCUCCUUCAACCCGCAUCUUUGAGAUAGUUACCCAGUGCCUGUCCCAUCAUGCCUCAGCCUGCAGAGCUUGACGUGACACAAGCGAAUCUCAUUCUGCCAAUCGAGCUGAUUGAACAGAUCGUCGACGAGUGUUUGGCAUUGCGGCAGAGACGACAGAACGACCUUGAUUUCGACCCAGAACGCUGGUAUCGGUCCGGAGAGGAGGAGAUUAUUCUACCCUUGAUCCAGAGCUGCAGGCUAUUCGCGCACAUCAUCAUCCCCAAACUCUACCGGCACGUCAGGCUCAACUCGCAGUUCAGCAUUGAGCGAUUUCUGGAUGGUGCUCGAUUCGAAUCUUUCCAACUCAUCAGAACGAUGCAUGUUGCCAAGGUUUCUGCCGAGUGCUUGGAUUCGGGCCAUGUAUCCUAUUGGUAUGACAUGAUACUCCCAGUACAUGCGGAACAGCGAAUAGUCCAAAGCCAUCUGAGCACACCUCGUGGAUUCCUCACGCCGUACCCAGACCUGAUGUCUGGCAUGUCCGGCAAAUAUGUUCAAGGAAAGGGUGGGAUAGAACAUUAUCUUGAGGACUGGAAGAGAUCACGUAGGCCUCGUUUGAAGUGUUUGGAGGUAGACGGGGACCUCUUCAAUUGUUUAUUGCCGAGCCUCGUGAAAAUCUUGUGGUAAACGGAUUUCACAUCGGUUGGAGUCGCCAAUCGCUUACCGAACCAUAUGAUCGAUACGCCAAUCCCGCGGCUUUGGAGGUGGACGGUGAUAUAAUACUGCACUGUGACAUGACUUUCGAC